AUGAACGACACCACAGCCGAAACAGGCGACGUGGAGAGGAGCAUCGCCAUCUCCCCUGUGCGUGCCGCCGACGAGGAUCACGAUGCCGCCAAGGCGGCCGGCCCCAGCGCCAAGGUCGAGGCCGCCUUUUCCGAGCUGGCGCACGCCAAGCGCGGCCUCGAGCAGCGCCACAUCCAGAUGAUUGCGCUGGCCGGCACCAUCGGCACGGGCCUCUUCCUCGCGACCGGCAAGGCGCUCGCCAACGGCGGACCCCUGGGCCUGCUCCUCGGCUACGGCCUCGUCGGGGUGCUCAUCUGCGCCGUCGUCUUCUCCGUCGCCGAGAUGAGCGCGCUGGUGCCGCUGUCGGGCGGCGUGAUCCGCCACGCCGAGCACUUCUUCGACCCGGCGCUGGCGUUUGCGCAGGGCUGGAACAGCGUCUACGCCAACGCCAUCCUGCUGCCCGCGGAGAUGGUGGCGUGCGCGGUCAUCAUCGACUACUGGUCGCACAGCAUCAGCCACGCGGUGUGGAUCGUGGUCCUGGGCGGGCUGCUGGUGCUGAGCAACUUUUUGCUGGUGAGCGUGUAUGGCGAGCUGGAGUUUGUGUGUGCGAUUCUCAAGAUUUUGCUGAUUCUCGGCGUCAACAUCCUGAGCAUCUGCAUCACCGCCGGCGCGGGCCCCAAGGGCGAGGUCAUUGGCUUCAAGUACUGGCGCGACCCGGGCCCGUUUGUGCAGUACCUCGCGAUCCCGGGCGCCUGGGGCCGCUUCGUCGGCUUCUGGCGGGUGCUCGUCAGCGCGGCCUACGCCUUCUCCAACGUCGAGAACAUUUCCGUCGCGGGCGCCGAGACGCGCAACCCGCGCCACAACAUCCCCAAGGCGGCGCGGCGCGUCUUCUGGCGCAUCAUGCUCCUCUACCUCGUCACCAUCUUCUGCGUCGGCCUCGUCGUGCGCUCCGACGACCCGGCGCUCACGGCGCGCUCCGGCGACGCGGGCGCCUCGCCGUUUGCGAUUGCGGCGGUCAACGCGGGCAUCAAGGCCGUGCCGUCCAUCAUCAACGCCGUCGUGGUGACGAGUGCCUGGAGUGCUGGAAAUUCAGCCAUGCUGGUGGGCACGCGCACGCUCUACGGGCUGGCGCUCGAAGGCCACGCCCCGAGAUUCUUCACCCGGACGAACCGCUUCGGUGUGCCCUGGCUGUCCGUCUCGGCCGUCGGCUCGCUCAUGUUUCUCGGCUUCAUGACGCUGUCGUCGAGCGCCGCCGUCGUCUUUGGCUGGUUCCAGGACCUCGUCUCGGCCGCGUCCUUUGUGCACUGGAUCAACAUUGAGCUCGUCUACCUGCGCUUCUACUACGGCUGCCGGAGGCAAGGGAUCAGCCGCGACGAGCUGCCCUGGAAGGGGCCCCUGCAGCCGUACGGCGCCUGGCUGGCCCUCGUGUCCUUUGCCGUCCUGCUGCUCACGGGCGGCUUCUACGUCUUCAUCGACGGCCACUGGAGCGCGCAGAGCUUCGUCUCGGCCUACUUCAACGUCCCGCUCAUCUUGGCGCUGUACUUUGGGUACAAGAUUGCGCGUGGGACGAAAUUGGUGCCGCUCGAGAAGAUGCCGAUUCGCGACUUCUUGGAGGUGGCGCGACGGGAGCCGGAGGACCUGCCGGCACAGCCAAAGGGAUGGCGGCGCCUCAACAUACUUUGGGGGUGA